CAAAAGAAUACACAAACACAUGUAGAAAGAGAACACGAAAACAGUGCUGAAUUGCUGAAGAAUCUGAUGAAAGUGUGUUUCUAAAAUAUUGGAUUCCAUGUUUUUCAUCUUUUGAAAUUUAUAAAAAGAACUGUAUUAUAAUUUUAUUUUUAAUCAGAUUCAACUGUUAAUGAUUAUUUGCUAUUUUAUUAUUGUAAUUUUUAAAAGUUGUUAAUAUAGCAUUCCGUAGAAUUUAUUGAUAAGCUUCUUUAUCUGUCUGUACUAAAAAAUCGCUAUGAGUAAUAAAUUUGACGCGCUUAAAAAUGAUGAUAGUGGAGAUGAAUCUGGAAAUAAGGACUUGCACAAUGCUGAGCUGCAAACACCUGUGAUAAUCCCUCAUGGUGACCAUAAACUGCAGUACAAUUAUUGGUUAUGGUAUAGUUGUCGGCCUCCGGGAAAGCAAACUGUUGUUCAGAGCUACGACCAACAUCUGAAGUUGAUAGGAAGGUUUGGCUCUGUUGAACAAUUCUGGGCCAUCUACAGUCACCUUGUUAGACCUUCUGAGCUUCAGAGUCAUAGUGAUUUCCACCUUUUUAAAGUUGGCAUCAAGCCAAUGUGGGAGGAUGAAGCUAAUAAAAAAGGAGGAAAGUGGAUCGUCAGGCUACGGAAAGGACUUGCUUCCAGAUGCUGGGAAAAUCUAGUUUUAGCAAUGUUAGGUGAACAGUUCAUGGUCGGACAGGAAAUUUGUGGAGCCGUUGUGUCUAUUAGGUUUCAGGAAGAUAUAAUCUCGGUAUGGAAUAAGACGGCUUCGGACCAAGCGACAACGGCGCGAAUACGGGAUACAUUGAGGAGAGUGCUCAAUUUCCCACCAAGCACCAUUCUCGAGUAUAAGACACAUAACGACAGCUUAAAAGAUAACUCGAGUUUUAGAAACACUGAUGUGUUCACUCGGUAGCAAAACAAACGGAGAUGAGAACAGACUGCGAAUUCCCGGCGUUAAUAUAUUCAAUUUCUAUCAUGGAUAGCGCUCUCUACCGCUGGCCUUGAUGAGGCACUGGCCACAUUGCAGUGUGGAUGGCAAAACCAACGCGGCCAAGCAUACCAGGCUGGGCCAACGUGUUGACUAGGCUCAAGGAUGACUUCCUGCAUCACUAAAACACUAAUGCAAUAGAUAAACUCAACUGUGAACUCCAAAAACGAGCAGCAAUAACAACAUAGUAUCCAAGUAGUUUAGUCUAUAGGCCCUACCGAUGGAUGCUACGCAACUGAUAUAAUUUGUAAUUGGGAUAAAUUAACACACUCCUAGAUACAAGGAAAAUAUAAAAUUUAUUCACAUAAUACCAAACACGAAAUCCAAAUUGGAUUGAACACAUUUUAUUUACAAGUUAUAUAAUAAAAAUGCUGCUAACAUACAAAACUGUACAUUAAUCACUUGAUUGAUAUAAAAAAGAAUUCCCAGAAAACGUUUGUGUAACAAGAAAAAAAAUUAAAUAGACUUUUGUUUAUUAAAAUUGUAUAACAAUGGAUGGAGAAGGUAAGAGAGAUUCAAGUAACAAAUUAAAAUUCUAAUAGAAUUACAAACUGACUGUCAGACUAUUCAGAUAUUGACAUAUUGAUCGGUAAUGACAUUAUUUUUCAAUAAGUCGAAAUUUAUGUCGCCUAUUAAAAUGCUUUUUCUAUCUUCCACAAUCACAAGAUAAGUAGAGAUGUCGAAAUAAUGAAAAAUAAAAGUUGACGAAAAACCUUGUUGCAUGUGCAUUGAGUGAAUAGAUACGAGAAAUGUGUCUAGUGAAAUUGAUAAAAUCAUGAGGAUCUGAACAAUAAUUAAAAACUUGCUGAGUUAUGGACCGUAUGUGUACCACAAUAGAUUGAAACAUGGUUGAAUAUUCUUAUUUAUACAACGCUCUGCUGAUACAUUAAGCACUAUUGAUUAAAUCAUGAGACCAGAAACAUGUUUGUAAAAGAAGUAAAAUUUAUAAUUAUUGCUAACGAAAGAGGCUGACUAUACUGUUUCACCGGUCAGUUCUGGGAGGAUUGGAACACACUGUUAUAUGGGGCGACCAUAUUAUACGCUUGGUAAAGGUUUACUUUCCAAGUAGCAGCUCAAUUUAUUAACAAUUUGUUUCUCUUGAUGUUGAGAAUCCACAACCGAUCGGUCAAAGCGGACAGUGUUGAGUGUUGGCCGGGCCGGGUCUCAGUGGUCAAUUCUCAAAAUAAAGAGAAAAUGAAAAUUGUAUAAUUUGUAGUUUUUGAAUUAUGGAGAGUACGACGGCGUCAGUGAAUGAAUAUUUCAUUUUAUAAUUUUUCCAUCGUAUGAGUUAUUGCAUGUUAUUUUGGUAAGAGAAGCAAAAUGGUAAAAAAACGAAUUUAGAAUAAAAUGGUAGUGAAUUUCAGAAUUUUGGGAUCUUUAAUAGUUUUUCGAGAAUAGAAAUUUCAUAUUGCUGGAUUAAGGACAGAAAGGAAUAAUAAGAGUAAUGAAAUUGAUCAAUAAUAGGAACUUCUUUACUAAAAUAACAUACUAAUUAAUAUGAAAAAAUUACAAAGUGAAAUUUUCAUUGACCUACAAGUUAGUGAAGAUUUUUUCCGUUUUAUCUUAAUUUGAUUUCAAUAGUCCUUUCUAAGGAUAUUAAAUUUUCUUCAAAAGAAAAUUAUCAAAGCAGAUUUGAAUAAUUUAUUAUAUAAUAUAAUAUGGCUAAAAUGCUUUUGAAACAUCAUUCAAGAACUCAAUUUUACAUUCUAAUAGUAAGUAAAAAUUUAAAAAUCCAUUAGAAAAAUGACAAUCAAUUUUUUCAUGGAAAAAACAUAAAAAAUGUUCAUGUUUAUAAUAUAAAAAUGACAUUGUCUCUGGAAGUGGGGAUGUAGGUAUACUUUUGAGUUCAUAUGAUUUGAUAAAGGAACGUAAUAAUGUGGAAAGCUAAAGAACAGUGCAUACUAGCAAAAGCUGGCGAUGAAGCAAGAAACACGUUCAGGAAAAAGUAGAGAAAAUUAUAUUUUCUAGAAAAUGAAAAAAUUUCGUUGGAUUGGAUCACAAGAAUUUGAGGUUUAAUAUGACU